GAGAAAGAGAGGGGGUCGGUGCGUCUGUCCAGCUCUAGAAUUAUACCUCCUGGAGAGAGGGAAUACCUAGUAGGUAAUGACGGUACGGAGUUAUAGUCGGGGGCAAUGGCAAUAGUAGUAGCAGUAGUAGUAUGUAGUAGUGCUGCCGCUACCGCUGCGUGUGCUUGCACGAGAACAAAAACCUCAUCCACAGCAUGGUCGAUAGAUCUGAUAGGCACACGCCGCCUUGAUACGCGCACGGCGCACACCUUUCCCCUCUCAGCGAAUUGCUUCUCCACCAAUAGACGACCGCAGAUCGCCCCUAAACUUACAGUGCGCCAGAUCAGAUCAAGAUCAGGAUCAGGACCUUUCUGCUGCUGCCGCGAGAUCUCUCCCGGCGGCCAUGUUCUCACCCCCCCCUUCCUUUUCCGAUCUUGACCGUCAGAGUGCAAGAUUGCGUUUAGAUAUGAGAUCUGGUUGCUUUUCUUUUGUUGCUCGAUAUACCGAGCUGGUUCACUGGCGCAAGAUACUGCGCUACCAGCUC